ACAGGGAGGUGGGUCUGGGAUGAGGCAGAGUUUGAAAACUUGCAGCUGAAGUUUGAAGGGUGUCCUCCCGCUGGGGGGAACAGGAGGCGCCUGCUGGUGCUUCGUGGCAGGGACUCGGCAGCCCCCGGCCAUGUGGGGUCAGGCAGCAGGGAUUGCGGGGAGCCUGGAGGGGCACCCCUGGGUGACAGUCCCCAGCCGUGGUUAACGGCUCGGGGAGAGGAGUGUUUCAGGCAGCUGGUGCCCAGCUCAGGAGGUGAUCACAGGCAGUGAGGCACACGAGGAGGAGCGCAUCAUCCGGCACUGCGAGACAUGACUCAGCGACCAUGGCGAAGGACGGGGCUGAAGCCCCCUGCUCCGGUGGCCCUCGGGGUGCUGCUGGCCCUGGCCCUGCUGGCCCUGGCCCACCUGCCCCCGGCCCACCUGCCCGCAUCACCAGACAGCUCCCCCCGUCUGCUGCCGGCAUUUCCCCCCCCAGGCACCUGUCGGGAGGCGGCUGUCCCCCUGUCUGGGGAACGAACCCUCAGCCAAAGGCCCCUUAUACCCCCUGCUCACCCAUGGGGGGACCGACCCCCCAGCCGGGGCAGGAGACAGCGGCGGGGGACAGCAGGGGAUGCUCCCCCAUGGCUCUCCGAUGAUGACCUCCGAAAGAUGCAGUUGUUGGCUGGUGGGCAGGUUGUGUCCAAAACCCGCAUCCCGGCCCAUGGGCAAGUCCUGCGAGUGGGGCUGCGGGCCAUGGGAGACACCGACUGGGACUCCUCGCCAGCCAGCCUGGAGAGGGACUGCCAGGAUGGGCGCUGCGGGCUCAUCAAGCGUCCUGGGGACCUCUACGAGGUGCUGGCCUUCCACCUGGACAGGGUGCUGGGGCUGAACCGCAGCCUGCCCGCUGUAGCUCGACGCUUCACCAGCCACCUCCUGCCCUACAGCUACACCGAUGGCUCCCCACGGCCCAUCAUCUGGUGGGCGCCCGACCUCCAGCACCUGGAGGAUGCCAACAAUGACCAGAACUCCUGUGCCCUGGGGUGGCUGCAGUACCAGGAGAUGCUGCGGCCCCGUGGACUGAUGCCAGAGGCCAGGGAUGGUCCCUGCUCCAGCAUCUCGCGUGGUGAAUGGAGCCGCCUGGCCCUCUUUGAUUUUCUCCUCCAGGUUCAUGACCGCCUGGACCGCUACUGCUGUGGGUUUCAGCCUGAUCCCUCUGAGCCCUGUGUGGAGGAGAGGCUCCAUGAGAAGUGCCGAAACCCGGCGGAGCUGGUCCUGGUCCACAUCCUGGUCCGGAGGAGUGCACCAUCCCGCCUGGUGUUCAUCGACAACGCUGGCAGGCCACAGCACCCUGAGGAGAAGCUCAACUUCAGGCUCCUGCAAGGCAUAGACAGCUUCCCAGCAGCAGCAGUGGCCACGCUGCGGUCGGGCAGGUUGCAGAGCCUGAUGCUGGAAUCGCUGCGCCUUGACCGGGAGCUCUGGGAGAGCCAGGGCGGCACUGAGGGGCUGAGACCCCUGCUGCGGACCAUCGACAGGCGGGCACGCAUCCUGCUGCGGUACAUCCAGGAGCACAACCUGACGGUGUUUGGGGACUCACUGCGCUGAGCCGACCACAGUGCCUUGCAAAUCCUGGCAGCGAUGGGUGUUCCUCACACCCUUGAUGUGGGUGAUGUGAGACUGCAUGCUUGCCUCUCCAAAAGGUGUUCCCCUCCUUCUCCUUGUAGGAUGUCCUGGAAAAGGAGAUUCAAUCACAGGGAAGAGGAAAGAGGCAGAGGAGACAUCUCCUGAAACAACCUGCAACUGCUUGAGAAAGGCAACAUUUAUCCAGUAAUGGUCUCAGCAUGUCUUUUCAAAGGAGGGGCAUAUCCAUGAGAUUUUUUGGGUGCCUUCACCCCUCUCACCCCAGAACCUUUGCAAACUGGAGGCUUAGACAGUUGAACAGCCUAUAGGGAUCCUGGGAAGGGUUAAAGAAGUGGUGAGCAGCACUGUUCAAGGCUGGAAAAAGUCACUAGCAGCCUUUCCAUAGCUUGCACCAGGCUCUUUUGAUGAUGCCUUCUCUGUUUCCAAAACAUUAGAGGCAGAGAGGCUGGAGCGGCAUGGGGAAGAGCAGAGGGGAGCUUUCUAAGUGGAUUAAGCAGUGAUAAAUCACCCAAGCUGAGCUCUGUCUUUCCCGGCCCUGGAGGAGGUGAUAUGUGUCUGGGAGCGGGUGUAAGUCGUUGCCUGAAGCUGGGGCCAGGCAGCACCCCACACCAGCACCCCACACCGCAGGCAGCACCAGGCAGCAGCUGGCCGUGCAGAGUCCACUGUGGCAUCCCCAUGCACCGUGCCCCAGCAGGACUAGGCUGCCACCAAUGUGUAUUUUGAAUGUGGGAUUUGAAGGUUUCAGUCUCUCACUCGCUCUUCUCCUUCGCUGUCAGGGGAUUAAAACUCAAACCUACUGUGAGCUCUGCCGCUUGUGAAAAGUGCUUCUGCCUGAUCUCUCAGGCACGGCUGCGCAAUACGUUUUCCAAGGCUUGCAGAAAAAUGUUCUAACAAAAAUACCAGGCUAUUUCAGCAGGACGCAAUCGAGUGCCAAAUGCUUUCUGAGCAUGCUGGCACCUCCAGCAGAGCCCAUCCCGCUCCUGUCACCUCCUUUGGCUCUUGCCCAGCAGCCCACUGUGAUGGGGCACAGCAGCAUCCCAGACAGGUAGGUCCUCAAAAGCAAAAUAAACAUGAGGAAAAAAGAUAGAGGGAUCGGAUCUGUUGGAUCCUCUUCCACUCUCUGCACCGUAUUUCCCAGCUGAGGUGUACAGCCAGUGUUUGCUUGCCAGGAGCAGCCAGCUCCCAGCCUGCAGGCUGAUGGUUGGCCACCAAGAGGAGGCUUUUUAGAGGAACCUCAGAGAGAAACCCUCCACUUCUCCAGCGCUACAAGUGGAGCCUCCAUGCUUGAGGCACUACAAGUCACUUGUGCCUUUGGAAGGUCUCAGUGAUACCGGCAUGGGUGCUUGAGCUAUGCUACUGCCCCAUUGCCGCAGCUUUAGAGAGCAUAACCACCCAUGCAGUGGGAGAGGCAGAAAGGGCAUUUGUGCCUUCCCUCCUGCAGCCAUCCCAGCACCAUGUCAGUUAUAGAGCUUGCAAGGGAAUGUUUUAACACCCAUGCUGAUAAACACAAGCAAUUCCCUUUUCCCCUUUUUCCUCUUCUUUAAGUGAAGAUCAAAUGAGGCUUGGGUGGCACGAAUCAAGGAGCACUCUCAGAAAACAUCAGCGCUCAAAAUCACGGGCACAUCAGCACCCCGAGUGCUGGCAGCAUCUUCCUGGAGUCCUGCCCUCCAGUCAGCCAGUGAAAGCCUUUCCCCCACCACUCUCUCCACCCCAUGACUUCUCACUCUGUUUGCCACACCAGGGGUUGGAUGACUUUCAGGGAACCCCUGCUAAACACCAAAUCAUGAUGAUUCAUUACGGGGAGCUGAGCUUAGCCUGUAAGCAUGGAGAAAGACAAAAUAACUUCUCCUCAGUCAUGUGAAAAGCCAUGCCCAAGCACUGCCUUAUAUGAAUAAAGGAAACUAAAUGUAACAUAGUUAAAUCCAGAAAAUAUGCUUGAAAAGCUAUGUGGUAACAAGAGAAUUAGUUAGGAAGUGUAGCAUCAGUCAUAGUCUUGUUUCUCUCAUUGAAAUGAUAAAUUUUAUUAGAAGAGAGGUUUUUUAUCCCAUGGAAGCCAAGUCCUCAGUGAGAAGAGAGAGGAAGGUGAGGCACUGUAUGGUGUCCAAAGCUGUUGACUUUGCUGUGCUGGAACAGCAGCUUUUGCCUUGCCUCUGGUUGCAUCUGCUUGACCUUAACAUGGCACGAGGUAGUGGGGCUUUUUCUAGGUAUUUUUGCAUUUCCUUAGCUGUAAUGUGUGAGUUUGCUGGCUAAAUGUACAUGGGAACAUCUGUAAGCAGUUACACAUCUGAAUAAAAAUUGCUCUUGAUUUAACAAA